AUGGCUUCCGUGCAAUUUACCGGAGACGAUAAUAAUGAGGGUGGUCAUGAGAAUAACGAAGUUCGGGAGGUCACUAGCAACAUCUCCAAGCCGACUAAACGCCAAAGAUGGGCCACGACGCGCCAUGCGGGAUCCGGCGGCGUACGGAAACGUGUCUCCAUCAUAGAGCGCUUUCACAAGCGCUCGGAAUUGAGGGAUGAGAAGCGCAAGUCUGCGACUCCGAGCACUCCCGCCUCCACCAACGGCGACGACAGUCAGCAAUCGGGUCAGAAUAGAACGAUCUAUUUCAACGUCCCGGUCCCCGAAAACGAACGAGACGAGGAUGGCCACCCCAUCCAUUCCUAUCCCCGAAACAAGAUCCGUACCGCCAAGUAUACGGCCUUGACAUUCAUUCCCAAGAACAUCUGGCUCCAGUUUCACAAUAUUGCGAACAUCUACUUUUUGUUCGUCAUUAUUCUCAACUUUUUCCCGAUUUUCGGUGCCAACAACCCCGGUUUGAACGCCGUUCCCCUGAUCGUCAUUAUCGUCGUGACCGCCAUCAAGGAUGCCAUCGAAGAUUGGGGCCGAACUGUCUCGGACAACCAAGUGAACAAUUCCCCGGUUUAUCGCCUCGUUGAAUGGAACAAUGUGAAUUCGACAGAAGACAAUAUCUCGCUAUGGCGUCGCAUCAAGAAGGCGUCUACGCGGGGCGCCAUUGCCACAUACCACUGGGGCAAGAGAGUCUUCACCAAGAAGAAGGAACAGGAGGACGAUCUUGAGGACGGACAACGACGUGACUCUUUCCUCACGACAGGGACCACGCGUGCAUCGAUAUACUCGCACCGGGAUUCUAUCGCCGUCGACGCUGCGAUUCCGAUGACCGAGGUUCCCUCGCCCCAGGCUGAAAUCCGGGAAGACUGGCCUGCUCCCGAGAACAAAUACCUGUCUCCUAACAGCGCUCUUCGAGAAAGUGUCAUGUCGCCCACUUCGCUCGAUAAGAAGACUGGCAGUGUGCUAGACAAGACGAAACAGACCCCGGGAACCGCUCGAUUCAAGCGGGACUACUGGAAGAGCAUCCAAGUCGGCGACUUCGUGCGUCUGUACAACGAAGACCCAAUUCCGGCCGAUAUUGUAAUUUUGUCCACAUCCGAUCCCGACGGUGCCUGUUACGUUGAAACAAAGGGUUUGGAUGGUGAAACGAACUUGAAGGUCCGCCAAGCCCUUCACUGUGGUCGCCAAGUUCGACAUGCUCGCGACUGUGAGAAGGCUGAGUUCACGAUUGAGAGCGAAGCCCCUCAUCCCAACCUCUACUCAUACAACGGUGCGAUUCGUUGGGACCAGCGUGAUUCGAACUUCCCAGAUGCUCCUCGUAAGGAGAUGGUCGAGCCUAUCACGAUCAACAACAUGCUGCUUCGUGGCUGUUCUCUGCGCAGCACCGAGUGGAUUCUUGGUGUGGUUGUUUUCACCGGCGGCGAGAGUAAGAUCAUGCUCAACGCUGGUGCGACGCCUGCCAAGCGUGCUCGCCUGGCCAAGGACCUGAACUGGAACGUCAUCUACAACUUUAUCAUCCUGUUCAUCAUGUGUCUGGUUGCGGGUAUUGUUAACGGUGUCGCAUGGGCUGCCCCGGACAAAUCAUUGGACUUCUUCGACUUUGGGUCCUACGGUGGCACGCCCCCCGUCACGGGUAUCGUCACCUUCUGGACAGCUCUAAUCUUGUUCCAGAACUUGGUUCCUAUCUCGCUCUACAUCUCUCUGGAAAUCGUCCGUACUAUUCAGGCCGUCUUUAUCCACAGUGAUCUAUACAUGUACUACGAAAAGCUUGGGCUCUAUUGUGUGCCCAAGUCGUGGAACAUUUCAGAUGAUGUGGGACAGGUCGAGUACAUCUUCUCUGACAAGACCGGUACUCUUACACAAAACGUCAUGGAGUUCAAGAAAGCCACCAUCAAUGGCAUGGCCUAUGGCGAGGCAUACACCGAAGCUCAAAUUGGCAUGAGACGUCGUGAAGGCGCCAAUGCUGAUGAAGAAGCUGCUGUAGCUCGGGCACAGAUCGCAGCCGAUGGAAAGAAGAUGCUGGAAAUGUUGCGCCGUAUCCAUGACAACCCCUAUCUGAAGGACGAAAAUUUGACUUUCAUUGCUCCCAACUUCGUCGCGGAUCUUGAAGGACAGUCCGGCCAAACUCAAAAGGCAGCCGCGGAGCAUUUCAUGCUGUCGCUGGCCCUCUGUCACUCUGUCAUCACCGAACACACUCCCGGUGACCCUCCACAGAUUGAGUUUAAGGCGCAAUCGCCCGAUGAGGCUGCAUUGGUCGGCACUGCCCGUGACUGUGGCUUUACCGUCCUUGGUCGUGCUGGUGAUGACCUUCUGUUGAACGUCCUGGGUGAGGAACGCACUUACACUGUCUUGAACACCCUCGAAUUCAACUCCUCGCGAAAGCGUAUGAGUGCCAUUAUUCGCAUGCCUGAUGGCACUAUCCGUCUCUUCUGCAAGGGUGCCGACAGUAUCAUCUACUCGCGCCUGGCCCGUGGCAAGCAACAGGAGCUCCGACGGCAGACCGCGGAGCACCUUGAAGAAUUCGCCAAGGAAGGUCUGCGAACCCUGUGCGUUGCUGACCGUCUUCUCAGCGAAGAAGAAUAUCAGACUUGGAACCGCGAACAUGACAUUGCCGCUGCUUCGAUCACCGACCGCGAGGAGAAAAUGGAGGAGGUUGCGAGCAAGAUCGAGCAGGAGUUGAUGCUCAUUGGCGGAACUGCUAUUGAGGAUCGUUUGCAAGAUGGCGUCCCAGAUACCAUUCAACUGCUCGCAGAUGCUGGUAUCAAGCUGUGGGUUUUGACUGGUGACAAGGUCGAGACUGCCAUCAACAUUGGUUUCUCGUGCAAUCUGCUCAACAACAACAUGGAUCUGAUCGUUCUCAACAUCCCCGAGGGCCAGCACGAGCAAGCAUCUAAAGAGCUUGACAAGAACCUCCAAACCUUCGGUUUGACUGGUUCUGAUGAAGAGCUCAUUGCUGCCCGUGCGGAUCACACGCCACCGGAACCCACCCACGCCGUUAUCGUCGAUGGUGAAACUCUCAAGAUGAUGCUUGACGACGAGCUUAAGCAAAAGUUCCUUCUUCUUUGCAAGCAGUGCAAGGCUGUUCUUUGCUGCCGUGUCAGUCCAUCCCAGAAAGCCGCCGUUGUCAACAUGGUCCGUCAUGGUCUGAACAUCAUGGGUCUGGCUAUCGGCGACGGUGCCAACGACGUUGCUAUGAUUCAGGAGGCGGAUGUCGGUGUCGGUAUCGCCGGUGAGGAGGGUCGACAAGCUGUCAUGUCCUCAGAUUAUGCUAUUGGCCAGUUCCGAUUCCUCCAGCGCUUGCUCCUUGUACACGGACGAUGGUCCUAUCGUCGUUUGGGAGAGUGUACCGCCAACUUUUUCUACAAGAACUUGGUGUGGACCUUUGCUCUCUUCUGGUACUGUUGCUUCAACGACUUCGACGGCUCCUAUCUCUUCGACUACACAUAUAUCGUCUUGGUCAACUUGGCCUUCACUUCGCUUCCGGUCAUCUUCAUGGGUAUCUUUGAUCAAGACGUCGAUGAUCGGGUGUCCCUUGCUGUACCUCAACUGUAUAUGCGUGGUAUUGAGCGCAAGGAGUGGUCGCAGCUCAAGUUCUGGAUGUACAUGGGCGAUGGCUUAUAUCAGUCUGUGAUUUGUUUCUUCAUGCCCUACAUGCUGUAUCAGGCAGCCAACUUCGCUACCGAGAGUGGCCGAGACAUUGCGGAUCGCACCCGUAUGGGAGUCCUGGUCGCAACUUGCGCCGUCAUCGCCAGCAACCUCUACAUUAUGAUGAACACCUAUCGCUGGGACUGGUUCACCUGUCUGAUUAAUGCGAUCAGUUCGCUUCUGAUCUUCUUCUGGACAGGAAUUUACUCGUCCUUCACAGCGGCUGGUCAGUUCUACAAUUCGGCAAGUGAGGUGUAUGGUGCUCUUAGCUUCUGGAUUGUGCUGCUUAUGACCGUUAUGAUCGCCUUGCUUCCGCGUUUCAUGUACAACUCGAUCCAGAAGGUGUUCUUCCCCCUGGAUGUCGAUAUCAUCCGCGAGCAAGUCACUCUUGGCAAGUUCAAGCACCUAGAGCAAUUCGAAGACUACGUACCCCCGAAUGUGGGUGCCACCGCGAUCGUUGGCGCCGGUGAUGCCUCGGCCACCUCCUCAGAGCUUGCCAAGCCCAUCCAACCAGCGAUGAAGCAGGACCAGCCUGCCACCGACGAAGCUCAAGGAUACUAUUCAACCUCUCAGCACACCAACGGCCACAACCCUCGCAGCCAGAAUGGUAGCAACGGCACCAACUACACCGAGAGCUUGGAUCAGUAUCCACGACCCCAAUCGGUGGAUUAUGUCCGACGUUCCCACGAUCGAACGAGACACUCAUUCGAGCGGGUCCGGCAAAGCUUUGAACAAAGCAAUGAUUUUACCUCAGCAGCUCGGCUUCAACGGAUGGAAUCAAGCCAUACUCAAGGUUCCAAUCAAGAUCCUUUCCGCUCCCCAGGCGAGCCUCCUGCACAGAUGGCUUGA